ACACUAAGCAACUCCCGCUAGAGGGGACGAGGCGAAAGUGCUUCCAAAUAUCCAACUAUAAAAACACAAGACACCACCUCAUAUACAUCCAGUCCGAUUCCUGGCUCCAUCAUACGAGAGGCAUAAUGAAAACAGCGAUUUAUUUUGCUCUCCUGCUGGUAGCAGCGGUUGCUGCCAGCGAGAAGUCAACCGAAGAAAAGGUACCGCUGGAAAAGAAAUUGGACAAACGCGGUCUUUUUAACCUAGGAUAUGGUUAUGGCAUCAGCGGUCUUGAUAUUGGAUAUAUCGGCAGCGGACAUGGAGUCGGCGGUGCUUACCAGUACUCAGGCGAUGAAGGCCUAGCUCAUGGCUACGGCAUCAACCUCGGUGGACAUACUGACGUCACCAGGACCAUCACCCUCGUCAAAGGAGUCCCAGUCGCUUAUCCCGUUGAUAGACCAGUGCCUUACCCAGUCGAGAAACACGUACCUUACCCAGUCAAGGUUCCAGUACCUCAACCCUACGAAGUAGUCAAGCAUGUACCAGUUCACGUUAAGGAAUACGUUAAAGUACCAGUCCACGUCCCAGCUCCAUACCCAGUAGAGAAGAAGGUGCCAUACCCAGUGCACGUCCCAGUCGACAGGCCCUACCCCGUCAAGGUUUUAGUUCCUCAGCCUUACCCAGUUGAAAAGCACGUCCCGUACCCAGUCAAGGUCCCAGUGCCUCAGCCCUACCCCGUCGAGAAACACGUGCCAUACCCAGUCGAAGUUAAAGUUCCCGUCCCACAACCUUACCCAGUAGUCAAACACGUCGGAUACCCCGUCAAAGUUCCAGUUGACAGGCCUUACCCAGUCCACGUACCUGCUCCAUACCCAGUUGAAAGACCAGUUCCUGUUGCUGUGCCCGUUGAGAAACCAGUCGCAUACCCAGUCCAUGUACCAGUCGACAGGCCAUACCCCGUUCACGUAGAAAAGCCAGUGCCAGUGCCUGUAAAAGUACCAGUUCCAGAGCCCUACCCAGUAUACAAGCACAUUCCUUAUGAAGUCGAGAAACCAGUGCCUUACCCAGUUAAAGUGCCAGUUGACAGGCCGUACCCAGUCCACGUAGACAGGCCAGUUCCAGUCGAAGUUGAAAGGCCAGUGCCAGUCCCAGUGAAGGUACCUUACCUAGUCAAUGGUCACGAGAAUAACCAAUACAGCAGCUACGGAAGCAAUGGAGGCUACGGAAGCUAUGGAGGCUACGGAAGCAAUGGAGGCUACGGAGGCUCAUACUAUGAGCACUAGGAAAUUUAAUUUAGUUUAAGGCUAUACUUAAGGCACAAAAGUUCUAUUUAACUUGUCACGCUAUCCCUUCGGCCGGGACACCAGCAAACUAUCUUCUUGUAUAUUUAUACUGUCAUUCGUCGAGAUGUCAUGUAAUAUAAGUGUACUUCGUGAUUGGAGUAAGUACGUUGUGAUGUAAAUGGUUACCAUUUCUAGGUUAAGUUGACUGUAAAAUACUGAAUAAAUAAAAAUAUAAAUCAACAA